CCUCCUCUUCCCCCUCCCGAGCCGAAGCGUCCCUGUGUCCCACAGGCCGGAGCGGCACCUAGAGCAGCUUUCCCUACUCCCUCCCCCUCGCCUCACUCACUCCCCCCCCCCACCCCGCGCCGAGCGAGGAGGAGUCGGAGGAGAGGAAGAUGGCGGCGGCCGCCAGCACCCGCGGGGCUGCGGGGCCGCUCCGAGGAGCCUGAGAGACCCACGGAGGCUUCGCGGAGAGACGCGGCGGCGGAGGAUGAGCCUGCAGAGCGCGCAGUAUCUCCGGCAGAAGUCCUGAAGGCUGAAAUGACAGAUUCUAAGCUGGGACCAGCUGAGGUCUGGACAUCCAGGCAAGCUCUGCAGGACUUGUACCAGAAAAUGCUAGUUACUGAUCUGGAAUAUGCUUUAGACAAGAAAGUAGAACAGGAUCUCUGGAAUCAUGCCUUUAAGAAUCAGAUCACAACACUACAAGGCCAAGCAAAGAAUCGAGCAAACCCAAAUCGGAGUGAAGUUCAGGCAAACCUUUCUCUGUUCCUAGAGGCAGCUAGUGGCUUCUAUACUCAGUUAUUACAGGAACUGUGUACGGUGUUUAAUGUAGAUUUGCCAUGCCGUGUGAAGUCUUCCCAAUUGGGAAUUAUUAGCAAUAAACAGACGCACACCAGCGCCAUAGUGAAGCCACAGUCCAGCUCCUGUUCCUACAUUUGCCAGCACUGCCUCGUCCACCUUGGAGACAUUGCUCGAUACAGAAACCAGACCAGCCAGGCAGAGUCUUACUAUAGGCAUGCAGCUCAGCUUGUCCCCUCCAAUGGUCAGCCUUACAAUCAGUUGGCUAUCUUAGCUUCUUCCAAAGGAGACCACCUGACCACAAUUUUCUACUACUGCAGAAGCAUUGCUGUGAAAUUCCCUUUCCCAGCUGCCUCCACCAAUCUACAGAAAGCACUUUCUAAAGCACUGGAAAGCCGGGAUGAGUUGAAAACCAAGUGGGGUGUUUCUGACUUCAUCAAGGCGUUUAUUAAAUUCCACGGCCAUGUAUACCUGAGUAAGAGUUUGGAAAAGUUGAGCCCUCUUCGAGAGAAGUUGGAAGAACAGUUUAAGAAGCUGCUGUUCCAAAAAGCUUUCAACUCUCAGCAGUUAGUUCAUGUCACUGUCAUUAACCUGUUUCAACUUCAUCAUCUUCGUGACUUUAGCAAUGAAACAGAGCAGCAUAGUUACAGCCAAGAUGAACAGCUAUGCUGGACCCAGUUGCUGGCCCUCUUUAUGUCUUUUCUUGGCAUCCUGUGCAAAUGUCCUCUCCAGAACGAUUCUCAGGAGUCCUACAAUGCCUAUCCCCUUCCUGCAGUCAAGGUCUCCAUGGACUGGCUAAGACUCCGACCUCGAAUCUUUCAGGAAGCAGUGGUGGAUGAAAGGCAGUACAUUUGGCCCUGGCUAAUUUCUCUUCUAAAUAGUUUCCAUCCCCAUGAAGAUGAUCUUUCAAGUACUAAUGCCACACCUCUUCCAGAAGAGUUUGAAUUACAAGGAUUCUUGGCUUUAAGACCUUCUUUCAGGAACUUGGAUUUUUCCAAAGGCCAUCAGGGUAUUACAGGAGACAAAGAAGGUCAGCAGAGACGAAUACGACAGCAGCGUUUGAUCUCCAUAGGGAAAUGGAUUGCUGACAAUCAGCCAAGGUUGAUUCAGUGUGAAAAUGAGGUAGGGAAAUUGUUAUUUAUCACAGAAAUUCCAGAAUUAAUAUUAGAAGACCCCAGUGAAACCAAAGAGAACCUCAUCCUACAAGAAACAUCUGUGAUAGAGUCACUAGCUACUGACGGAAGCCCGGGACUGAAGUCAGUGCUGUCUACAGGCCGAAAUCCAAGCAACAACUGUGACCCAGGAGAAAAACCAGUGGUCACCUUCAAAGAGAAUGUUAAGCCACGAGAAGUGAACAGAGACCAAGGAAGAAGCUUUCCUCCCAAAGAGGUAAAAUCCCAGACGGAACUAAGAAAGACUCCAGUGUCUGAAGCCAGGAAAACACCUGUCACUCAAACUCCAAGUCAAGCAAAUAAUUCUCAGUUCAUCCCCAUUCAUCACCCCGGAGCUUUCCCUCCUCUUCCCAGCCGACCAGGGUUCCCGCCCCCAACAUAUGUUAUCCCCCCUCCUGUGGCAUUCUCUAUGGGCUCAGGUUACACCUUCCCAGCUGGUGUUUCUGUCCCAGGAACCUUUCUUCAGUCUACAGCUCACUCUCCAACAGGAAACCAGGUGCAAGCUGGGAAACAGUCCCACAUUCCUUACAGCCAGCAACGGCCCUCUGGACCAGGGCCAAUGAACCAGGGACCUCAACAAUCACAGCCACCUUCCCAGACACCCCUUACAUCUUUACCAGCUCAGCCAACAGCACAGUCUACAAGCCAGUUGCAGGUUCAAGCUCUAGCUCAGCAACAGCAAUCCCCAACAAAAGUCAUACCAGCUUUGGGGAAAAGCCCACCUCAUCACUCUGGAUUCCAGCAGUAUCAACAGGCAGAUGCCUCCAAACAGCUGUGGAAUCCCCCUCAGGUUCAAGGCCCACUAGGGAAAAUUAUGCCUGUGAAACAGCCCUACUACCUUCAGACCCAAGACCCUAUAAAACUGUUUGAGCCGUCAUUGCAAUCUCCUGUAAUACAGCAGCAGCCUCUAGAGAAAAAAAUGAAGCCUUUCCCCAUGGAGCCAUAUAACCACAAUCCCUCAGAAGUCAAGGUCCCAGAGUUCUACUGGGAUUCUUCCUACAGCAUGGCUGAUAACAGAGCAGUAAUGGCACAGCAACCAAAUAUGGACCGCAGAAGCAAACGGUCCCCAGGAGUCUUCCGUCCAGAGCAGGACCCUGUGCCCAGGAUGCCAUUUGAGGAUCCCAAGAGCUCCCCUCUGCUUCCUCCGGACCUGUUAAAGAGUCUGGCUGCCUUGGAGGAAGAGGAAGAGCUGAUCUUUUCUAACCCUCCUGAUCUUUACCCAGCUCUGCUGGGUCCUCUCGCCUCUCUUCCUGGACGAAGCCUCUUUAAAUCCUUAUUGGAGAAGCCUUCAGAACUCAUGUCACAUUCAUCUUCUUUCUUGUCCCUCACUGGAUUCUCUGUCAAUCAGGAACGAUAUCCAAACAGCAGUAUGUUCAAUGAAGUGUAUGGGAAAAACCUGACAACCAGCUCCAAGGCAGAACUGAACCCCUCAGUUGCCUCCCAAGAAACAUCAUUGUACUCCCUUUUUGAAGGGACCCCUUGGUCUCCAUCACUUCCUGCCAGUUCAGAUCAUUCAACACCAGCCAGCCAGUCUCCUCAUUCCUCUAACCCAAGCAGCCUGCCCAGUUCUCCUCCAACACAUAACCAUAAUUCUGCUCCAUUCUCUAAUUUUGGACCCAUUGGAACGCCAGAUAACAGGGAUAGGCGGCCUGCAGAUCGGUGGAAAACUGAUAAACCAGCCAUGGGUGGUUUUGGCGUUGAUUAUCUCUCAGCAACAUCAUCAUCUGAGAGCAGUUGGCAUCAGGCUAGCACUCCAAGUGGCACCUGGACAGGCCACGGCCCCUCCAUGGAGGAUUCCUCCGCUGUCCUCAUGGAAAACUUAAAGUCUAUCUGGUCCAGUUCCAUGAUGCAUCCUGGACCCUCCGCUCUGGAGCAGUUGUUAAUGCAGCAGAAGCAGAAACAACAGCGGGGACAAGGUGCCAUGAACCCUCCACACUGAGGCCACAGUAGCGACCCAGGGAAUGAAGGCUCCAUAAACCAUGGCAUGUUGGGUUUGCAGGACUGGCCCACACAGUCCCUGCAGGUGGCAGCCCUCUUGUCUGUUUCUUGCUGUCGAGAGGGUGUAAGUGUUCCACCAGCCCGCUGAGUGUGCACGAAAUGUUCGCAGUGCAACAAA